CACACCAAACUUUAGCUCAAUAUCUGUCAAACUGACCAAAUUAUAAACAUUUUUGUGUUAGUUUUUUUAAAGGUCAGUUGUUUGCGGCAGCCAUCUUUGAAUUUGCAAGUUUCACCCAAUGGUUCAUGACAUAUUUUGCUAACAGACAAACACGGGCCAAACCAUCAUUGCACACCUUUUUUAGCGGCAGCUGAUAAUCCAUUUAAAACCUUUUUGUUUUUGUUUCAGAGAAAAGCUUCAUUUGAUUAUACCGUUUGUUAAAAACAAAACAAGUUUGCUUUCAUUGUUGUCUAAAUCACACUGAAUUAUAAAUAGAUGUGAAAAUGUGUUAACCACACCACACCACACCUGACGACCUUACUUUUAUUUCCAGUGUGUGGAGCCUCAAAAUUAUUUCUAUUUCUGAAUCUUUUUUCUUUAUAUUCUAAAGCCAGGAAGGCCGGUGAGGUCGUGGAUUGCCGUGAGACAAAAAAAAAAAAAGCCCCAAUCCCCAUGGAUUAAAUGGUUAAAUUAUCAGGAGGAGGGAAACUUUCCUUUGGGCACAUUUUAUCCAAUUAAGAUUAAAAUAACUCUCCUCUGGGACAUUUAAAUACCUAAAUUAGACUGCAAUGGGGGCAGAGAUUUGUGAAAGAGUAUAUGGUUUAAGUUUGGGAGUUGAUGGGUUUAAUCAAGCAGGUGAUCCAGACAAAUGUUCUCAGUGCAGCGUUUUGAACAAAAACAGACUUCAUCGACUCAAGAAGGUUUGAGUUCUGAAGCAGAAAGCUGAAACAUAACUGCUCAAGUCUUUUAAAUAGAGCAGUGAUUCAUCAAAAAAAAAUUCCCUGAAUUAUAUGGAGCAAAGGUGGGUGUUUUAAGCCCCGCCCAGAGGUGCAGGAGGAUGAGGUGACGCGGUCCAGAUGGAUCCAAACAAAAGCUGACCAGGAGCUCCGUCGCUCUGCAUCACAUCUGUGGAGCGUCCCGCUCAGCUAAUCAAAAGUCAAACCCUCCCUCCCCAGGCUGUUCGGACACCCGGUCCCAGGAUGACGCACCAGUUCCCAGCGCUCUCCCAGGCUCAGAAGAGGGAGCUCCAUGAGACCGCUUUACGCAUAGUUUCUCCAGGGAAGGGCAUCCUGGCUGCAGAUGAAUCUGUAGGAAGCAUGGCCAAGAGGCUGGCCCAAGUUGGAGUGGAGAACACGGAGGAAAACCGCAGGCAGUACCGUCAGAUCCUCUUCAGUGCCGACGAUCGCAUCAACAGCUGCAUCGGAGGGGUCAUCUUCUUCCACGAGACUCUGUACCAGCACUCGGAUAAAGGUCUACCCUUUGUUAAAAUGAUCCGGGACAGGGGCAUCCUGAUCGGCGUUAAGGUUGAUAAAGGAGUUGUUCCUCUGGCUGGAACAUGUGGAGAAACCACCACACAGGGUCUGGAUGGCUUGUCGGAGCGUUGUGCUCAGUACAAAAAGGACGGCGCCGUGUUCGCAAAGUGGCGCUGCGUGCUCAAAGUCAGCGACUCCAACCCAUCUAAGCUUGCAAUCGCUGAAAAUGCAAACGUUCUCGCACGCUAUUCGAGCAUCUGCCAGCAGCAUGGCAUUGUGCCGAUUAUUGAGCCAGAGGUCUUGCCUGAUGGUGAUCACGAUCUGAAACGCUGCCAGUACGUCACUGAGAAGGUCCUGGCUGCGGUGUACAAGGCCAUGUCAGACCACCACGUCUACCUGGAGGGCUCCCUCCUCAAGCCCAACAUGGUGACUCCUGGACACAGCUGCUCCACCAAGUACAGCCCAGAGGAGGUUGCAAUGGCUACCGUCACUGCCAUUCGCCGCACCGUUCCCCCGGCAGUCCCAGGAAUCGCUUUCCUCUCAGGAGGUCAGAGCGAAGAGGAGGCCUCGGUCCACCUCAACGCCAUCAACAACUGCCCCCUGCCCAAACCCUGGAUCCUGACCUUCUCCUUCGGCCGGGCCCUGCAGGCGUCCGCUCUCAGAGCCUGGAGGGGUCACAAAGAGAAUGAGAAGUCUGCCACCGAGCAAUUCAUCAAAAGAGCAGAGGUGAACAGUCUGGCCUGUCAGGGGAAAUACGCCGGUGGUGAGAACUGCGGCGAGGCUGGCCAGCGUGUCUACGGCUCCUGCCAUGCAUAUUGAAUACGCUAACGCUUUCAGCUAGCACUACGUUUAACGCGAUAAGUCACAGAUCAUGUGGCGAUGCUUUGACUGAAGCUUCAAAAUAUCACAGUGCUGAUGUGCCAAAUGCUGGAGUUCUGAUUUAAAAAUAUCAGCCCCACACUUUGUGUUAAAAAGAAAACUGUCAAAGAAAUAGCAAAUGAUGUUUUUAUUGUGGAAAAUUUUAACCCGAGUUUUGUGUGAGAAAAUUUAUUUGCUUUUUUGUUGUUGUUGUUUGUUUUGUUUUAUUAUUACCAGUAAAGAUACAUGAAGUGUAAAUUUGUUUCUGCAUGCUCGGCCUAAAAUAUCAGCUCAACAGAAGAUGUGAUGUUAUUUUCUCUAAUGUUGUUUAAUGCAAUAAAAGUGUGAUUAGUCAGA